ACCGGAAACUUAGACGAAGUUCGGAGCCCCGCCCCCGCCGUCCCGCGACCUGCCGCCCCCUACUCGGACUGACGAGUCGGCCCGGCUGUCCCGAGCGCCAUGUCGGGUUCUUCUAGCGUCGCCGCCAUGAAGAAGGUGGUUCAGCAGCUCCGGCUGGAGGCCGGGCUCAACCGCGUGAAGGUUUCCCAGGCAGCUGCCGACUUGAAACAGUUCUGUCUGCAGAAUGCUCAACAUGACCCUCUGCUGACUGGAGUGUCUUCUAGUACAAAUCCCUUCAGACCCCAGAAAGUCUGCUCCUUUUUGUAGUCCUAUAUCUUGAGGUUUCUCAAACCACUUUUCAUGAACCAGUGAAUAUUCAAGAGAACUGUUUGAAGUCUGUACAAAAGCUUCUCUUUAACACGUGCCAUAAUACACAAUCUUCUACUUCUACUUGUCAGUCCUUAACAUCUACCUCUCUGAAUUUUCAUGGAUUUCUGUUUCACAAGGUUUAACUAUUUUAUAUACACUGGCUGUAGCAUACAAUAAAGCAACAUACAAACUUU